GGUUCUGCUAAGUAAGGCACUGGUCCGGACCUCUCGCCUCCACAUUUUGCGUAUACAUGAUGAGGGAGAGGUAGAAAAAGGGAGCUAGACGUUAAGUAACCAUCAGUAACCAAUGGCUGUAGCUCCUUUCUUGUGACCGCGCUCAUCGUCAGACCCGCACGCUGCGUUUGAGGGGACUGAUGGCACAGCGCUUCAGGCAACGCCACAAACCUGCUUCCACCGUACAGCACAUGCGAGACAGGGGUCAUUCUCUCUGACUGUCUGUUAUUUAGAGAUGAUAUUAAAUUGACGCCAAUCAUCAUCCCUGGAUUUCCCUGGCCUUAUGUUGACAUGGCAACAGGAAGGAAAAGUCAGUGUCUUUUCUGGGUUCAUAACGUCUAUCGGAAUAUGCUCCACUUCAAAAGGUGGAGUUCGUUUCCCCGAUGAGGAGGAAGACGCUCCCAUUAACAAUAGCUGUGAUGAAAAGCUUCAGGAUAAAGUCAUCACUGCUCUUCCAGAACCUGAUGGCGCAUACCUCGUAAAGGUGGGAUUUUUAAGGAGCCAUCACAAAUACGAAAUCGUCUUUUCUUUGCCACAAGUACCAACACUAGGCAAAGACGUCUCCCUUUCUCCUGCCCUACGCACUACUGCAAAACCACGACUACGUGCGACACGCAUCACACCGCGCCCUGAGGGGGGAGUGAGGGUGGUGUGUGAGUACAGCGCUCAGCAGGAGGGAGUGGUGCAAGAAGAACUCACCCUGGUCAAUAGGAGCAGAAGGGACAGCAGUGUCCGAGUUCGGUUACAGGCCAGAGUCAUGGAUCGCCACCACGGGACACCAAUGUUACUCGAUGGAGUGCGAUGUGUUGGUGAAGAAAAAGCUGCAAAAUAAUGGCACCGAGAAGAUGAAGAAAUCGGGUUGCUUGUGUAAAUGAUAUAAAAAUAUCGUAUAGAAUAAACCAAAAUGAAUGAAUGCACAUGUGAAUGUGAACAACCUGUCACACGCCCAUUCACAGAGGAUCUGUGUCUGCACUAAAACAAAAAUAGAGCCACUAUUUUAGAGUCUAUAUAUCGCAGGUCUGCUAAUGGUAUCACAAAUUCAGCUUUAGUUUUUAACAGAAUUUUAAAGGUUACAGAUUUUUUAUUACUUUAAAAUUAUAUCAAAAAGCAAUUUAAAAAUAAAGCAAUAUCAACGCAUCUGCAAACACUACUUGAACCCAAUGCCUGAAGGUGGAAUGUAUGUAUAAUCAUGUGCAUAAAACACUGUAUAUACAUGAUUAUAAUCAUAUGUCAUCCUCUUGCUUAAAUGCUUUGCAACCAUAAUCAGUCCUUCCGAGAUACAUUUCUCAAAUAUAAUGUGAUUUGUUAAUAAAAACCUAGGCUGUAUAAAUCAUUUGUUGAAUGCUUCGUGCACAAAUAAUUUUAAUUUUGGCCUUCCCAAUAAAUAACAUGGCAACUCGUACUAUUAUCGUACCAAGAGGAAACAGUGCCACCUAGUGGUCAAAAGAAAACGCGAUAAACGUGCUUUUUAAUAAUUUAGAGUCAUUAUUUUUAUCUUUUUAUAUUUAAUGAGCGUCCAGUGUCUUGGUCUAAACUUUCUUGUAUAGUCGACAGGAUUUUUUGCCACUCUUACUGUAAAAUUCAUCUUCGCCACACAAUUACCAGCACAACAGACAAACUUCAAAUAAAAAAAAAUAAUACUUAAAAGACAGACAAUCGAAAUAUAUAAAAUCGCACUUUUCUCAGCUUGUUCAUUUUAAAUCUUACAUCUAAACCAAUACACGUCCAAAACCUUUUACGUAUACUUAAUAGCGUUUACAGCGUGUUUUUGCUGUGGAUAGUAACACACACAUAAUUGUGUAAAAAGGAUCUCGCCUAAUUAUUAGCUUGUAAAAACAAUGAGCAAGGGUAGCACCUUCUAACAACUCUAGAUGGCGUUAAUUCCUGUGCUAGUCUACAACUGAAAAAAAAAACGGGAUGGUAAAACAAGCUGAAGAUGUGCAUUCUCUGUACACUCAUGUGGAAACCACUGAGAAGUAUUGUAAUUGACCAAAAAGACAUUCCUAACUAAAAAAAACACACAAAACUGCACGUAGUAAUAACAAAGUGUACUGGCUCUACUGGUCUGAAAUCAUGUGUUCAGAAUGUUCUUGAGAAAAGGAAGGCUUUAAGGAAGUGCAUAGCAGAAGACACACUAAUGUCAUAACAUCAACAAAAAAAAUGAAAUACAAAUAAAAUAUAACAACCUUG